CAAGUCUGACCUCUUUCUGAAGUGACGAGUCGCGACACAGAGAGCUCCCAGAACCGUGAGAAUUCCCCAUGGUUUCGGGUUUAGUGGCAGACGAUUAUAUCGUAGAAGGACAGAGAAAGAUAUAAGGAAUAAUUUGACUACCAUAUUUAGGACAUUUUGACACAAUUUUGGCCAUUCAGGAGGUAACUUUGUUUUCCCUCCAAAAUUCAAGAUGCCUUUACUGAAAAGGCAGCCAUUCGAAAAGAACUCCGUUCCAUCCGAUAUUAAGCCAGACGAAGAAGUUUUUUACUGCCCACUGACUAAUGAAAUAUUCAGGGACUACGAGGAAUUUUUUGAACGAAUCAUCCUAUGCAACAGCCUGGUAUGGUCAUGUUCGAUUACGGGUCGAUCAGGGUUGACGUACCAAGAGGCCUUAGAAUCGGAAGAACGUGCAAGAAAGCACCUGUCAUCCUUCCCCUUCUAUCUUCACAAACCCAUCUUGUUUUUGGCAACAAAGACACACAGGAGCAGGCUGAAUGAUAUGAAUGAUGAUGUAUUCGUUUUCACCAAGGACAGAUAUUUUGUUGGGGAAGUGGUGGAAGUUAUACAUGAAGGCGAAAGAAAAUCCUGCAAGAUACUUAAGGUCUUACCACCUACCCCUUUGCCUAAUGGAGAUGUCAAUGGAACCAGCCCAUCGACAAGUGAAGCAGCUGACCAAGAGGAUGUUGACAAUUACAGAUACGUUGUCCAGAAGAUAGGCAAAGGAGAGAAAGGGGACCCAUUUAUAGCUGAUGCACCAGAUGUCAAUCGAAAGAAAGGCUUGUAUACCAGAGACAAAAGCAAACUGUUUCUAAAAAGUCACUGUGAAGCAAGUGAAGGAAUAUGGAAAGUGAAGGAGAAAUAUAUUAGGAAGCAUCACUUGGAUGAAGUGAACUUCAAAAGCAUGUUUCCAAGUGCCAUUCCCACAUUUGAGACUUCUGAGGUGAAGAAAAAACCCAAACAGAAUAAGUCUGAUGUUGAUCUGCUCCUGAAAAAAGCCAAGAAAGAACACAAAGAAAAGAAAGAGAAGAAGGAGAAAAAACAGAAAAUAGAUGAAAAAGAACCGAAAAAAUUAACAGAAGAAGAAAAAGAGGCCAUGAAACAGAAGUUAUUACUAGAAAAAGAGGCCAUGAAGGCCCUCAAGUUGGCAGAGAAGCAGGAAAAGCAGGAAGAACUUCGAAAGAAACUAGAAGAGGAAAAGGAAAGGAGAAGGGAGGAAAGGGAAAAGUUAAAAGAAGAAAAGAAGCUGAAGGCUGAAUAUUUGAAGGAAUGGAGCAAGCCCAGAGAUGACAUGGAGUGUGAUGAUCUCAAGGUCCUCCCUGACCCCACUCCUGUGAAAACUCGUAUACCAGAGGAGCUGUUUGGUGAUGUGAUGAUGGUGCUGGAAAUGUUGCAUGUCUUUGGACCUCUGCUGGAAAUCAAGGAUGAAUUUCCUCAUGGUGUCUCCAUGGAUAUGAUGGAAAAAGCUCUAUUGGAGAAGGAUGUUGAUGGCACACUAGCAGAUCUACUUGGCUUUCUACUGGUCUCCAUCUUUAACUUACAACAAGAAGAGGAAGAGGAGGAGGAAGAAAUAGAGAAAGAGGAAAAGGAUGGAAAUUUAACUGCUGAAAGAGUGGAAACAAUUGAUGAGGAUACAGAUAUUGCUGACUUGUCCACCAAAGACCUGAUACAGGCUGCUACAGUGGCCUCUCAGUGGCCCCACCUAUAUCAUGGGACUCCAUUGAGGAAUUUACAACUUGAUUCUCUUACUCUCACGGAAAUCUUGCGCCUCCAUUUUCUAUCAUCUGGUGCCCAUGCUAAUGCCAGCAAUGCCAAGUUCCGCUACCAGCAGAGAGGAGGAUAUACAUCCCUGGAUGAUGCUGGCAUGGAGUUCAAAAUGCAGGAAUCUGCCAUUAUAAAAGCACUCAGUACUUAUAAUGUAUUUGAUCUCUCACCUGGGGAAAAGAUGAAGGUAAUCAUUGCUCUGGUGCACCAGUUGCUAACCUAUGCUUCAAGCAGAGAUUUCAUAGAAGACAAUUUUGAAAAACUACGACAGGCAAAAAUGGACCUGAGGCAUCAUCAGUGGGCAGAGCAGAGAAGGGAAAAAGAGGAGGCAGCUGCUAGAUAUAAGAAAAGGGUCGAAGAAAGAGCCAAAGAGAGGGAAUUGGAAGCACAGAAAAAAGAGCAGAGAAAGAAGGAAGCCGAGGAGAAAUUAAAAGCUGAUGAAACAAAAAAUGGUGAACAACCAGAGGCUGAAGAUAAUGCUUCAAAAAAGAAUGAAGAAGAAAAAGAAGAGGAAGAUAAGACCAAAAAUGACAAGGACAAGAAGGAAGACGAGAGUCAAGAGAAAAAGGGCAAGAAAACCCCUGCCAAGGGCAAAAAAGGAAAAUCAUCCAAAGACAAAAAUCAGACUGAAGAGGAAGAAGUCGAAGAGGAUGAAGAGGACAUAGAUGAGUCCAAACUUUCCCCAGAGGAGCGUGAAGCUUUGCGAAAAAAACGAGAAGAAAGAGAAGCAGAACUUAAAGAGUUGUUCAUGAAGAGAGAGGCAGAAUUGCACGAGUUAGUUCAGAAACUACAGCAUGGCAAUGCUGUGUAUCCUCUGGGCAGGGACCGUGUUUACAGAAGGUUCUGGGUCUUCAGAUCAGUGCCAGGUCUGUUUGUAGAGGACGAAGAGCUUUACGUGCCAGAUGAUCUCCUGCUCCCAGUAACACAGACAGGUGACAAAUCCAAUCCUUUCUUUGGCCAAAACCUACCUCGUCAGGUGCCACUAGUGAAACCUGUUACUGAAGAAAAGAGCACUGCAAGUGACAAAGAGAAUGAUUCCUUCGAUGCCAACAAUAUGGAGACUGGCGAUGACUCAGUUGCAAAGAUGGAAAACCCUCUGGGAACAAACACGGUCAAUUCUGAAAACAUUAAAAAUGGCAGUGGCGAUGGCACUGUUGAGGCAACUGGAGGUGCCCACUCAUCUCAGGAAACACAAAAUGCAGCAGAGAAAAACCUGGCAUCAGUCGGGGUUGAUUCUAAGCCUUAUGAAGAAGGGUUCAACUCACAGAUUAUACCUCAGAGUAAAUUUAGAUGGGCAUUCUACAGUUCUCCAGAAGACAUUGAAAACUUGCUGGAAUCCCUCAACCCCAGGGGCUACAGGGAAGGCUCUCUGAAGCAAACACUCAUGGAACAAAAGUCACAAAUUCUGAAAUCUGUCCAGGAGACACCAGUGGAUUUACUUAUCAAGGAUACAAACGAAGAAUCUAGCAGUGAUCAGAGGUAUGUCAAUAUCAAGUCCAGGAAUCGAACCACUCAGGGGGCUGUGAAGAAUAAUUCUGCUCAGGAAUUCCUGGAGCUUCAACUCAGGGAGCUGCUGCUGGAUACAGAGGAAAGGAUUUAUGCUGGAAGUCUAGGCACUUUGAAGGUAAAAGAUCGUCUAGCCUGGAGAGAAGCUCUAGAGCAGGGAACCUUUGAUGUCCAGUGUGACAAUUUGACAUGGGCAGGGAAGGUGGAAAACACUGGGGAGGCAGAGGAGUCAAAAAUGGAUACAGAUGAUGAAAGUCCAAGUCAUGUGGUGAAAGACCUUGCCAAAGCUUUAAUUCAAAUAGAACAGUGUGUGGAACCCAAGUUUAUUAAUCCACCUCUUGGGGAAGCUGAGGACUCUAAAAAAGCCAAACAGAAAGCUGCCCUGGAGGCUGUGGCUAAGAAAUCUGCAGAGAGCAGACGUACUAGGAGCAGGGUGAAAGACGAUCCAAAAGAUAAAGAGGAGGAAAAAGAAGAUGAUAACGAGGAGGACAAGAGUGAAGUAGGCAAGCAGCAGAAGACUCCCCUGGAAAGGUGGGAAGAAUCCCUGAUGAGUUGCACCAGUCUACCCCAGGUCUGCCUAUACCUGGCAACACUAGAUCGCAGCAUCACCUGGUCCAAAUCUGCUCUCAAUGCUCGCUGUCGCAUAUGCAGACGUAAAGGAGACGGAGAGAAGAUGUUGCUCUGUGAUGGAUGUGAUAGGGGGCACCACAUGUACUGCCUCAAGCCACCAAUGAAGGAUGUUCCCAAAGGUGACUGGUAUUGUCCAGACUGUCGGCCCAAGGUGAAGCUGCAGAGUCCUCGAAAGAGAAGGAAGACCUUCAGCCAGUCCAGUGAUGAGGAGGAGGAAGAGGAAUCUGAGGAAGAGGAGGAGGAAGAUGAGAGUGAAGAUGAAGAAGAUGAAGAGGAGGACCAAGAAGAAAGUUCUGAAGAGGAAGAAGAGUCAGAGGAGGAAGAGCCAACGCCUGCUAAGCCAAAGAAAUCGGCUAUUAGGAUAAAAGGAACUGGUUCAGGUAGAUCAACGCCCACCUCUGUGAAAAGUGAAAGUCGCAGAAACAGUACCAGGAACAGCCCAGCUGACGCCAGACCUACAAGGUCCAAGAACAGAGAACAAGCCCAGGACAGACCAGCAUCUAGGUCCAGACCGGGAAGAGACAGUCCUGCAACCACUGGUCAUGACAGUCCCAGUACAAGCAGGACUAGGGGAGGUAGAACAACUGCUAAGAGGGCAUACUCAGAUUCAGAUGAGGUGUUCAGAUUUAGAACUGAAAUGUACAAGUCAGACCUCAUCAAAGUAUAG